CCCCCCCCCCCCCAAAACACAUGCCUCCGCGGCGGCUGCAUCCCCUCUCUUUCCCUCCCACAAUCCGCCCCUUGGGCUUCGCAAUCCGGAGCAGCGGCGGCGGCGGCGGCGGCAAGGAAGGAAUCCCGGCCUUUGCUUUCGCUUCCCGCCGGGCCUGCAGGGAUGGUUAGCCAACAGUAUGUAUGUGCAAACUUUUCUGUAUACAUAUAAGGGAGCAGUCAAUCCUGUGGUAAAGAGCACAACAAGUCUGAGUGUUAAUUAGGGUGCCUUACCCAGUGGAAAGUGGCUGGAUUGUAUAUAUAUCCAAGACUCCACCUGAAAAAAAAUGGCCUCAAAUGGUAAUGGAAUUCUUAAAGCUGACACUCAACGAGUCGAAUCAACAGCUUCGGACAAUCCUGGCACAACAGGCGUGGCCACUCAGGGUGUUUCACAACAGGGAAAGCGAUGGAGUGGAUUUAGGAACUUCUUGAAUCGCCUUUCUAGUGGCCCCAGGUUAAAGAAGUUAGGUCCCUCCCCUUCAUUCAAGUUUCAACAGCUUGCACUUCAACGUGAUGAGUUCUCACGUUCUAUCCAUUCUGACAACCAUGGUAGUCAUGACCAUUUCCAAUUCAUCAGGAAGAUUAAUUGGGGCCAUCUUUGGAUGAUGGCCAAGGAUUGGAUAAAAGAGCCUAUGAACAUGGCCCUCUUUGUUUGGAUUGCUAUUGUUGCUGUAUCAGGUGCAAUUCUCUUCCUUGUUAUGACUGGAAUGUUGAAUCGUGCUUUGCCAAGCAAAUCACAAAGAGACACCUGGUUUGAGGUGAACAACCAAAUUCUGAAUGCAUUGUUCACGCUCAUGUGCCUUUAUCAGCACCCACAGCGGAUCUACAACUUUGUGCUUCUGUGUCGAUGGGAGCAGAAGGACAUCUUAAGGCUUAGGAAGACAUAUUGCAAAAAUGGAACAUAUAAGCCUAAUGAGUGGAUGCACAUGAUGGUUGUUAUAAUCCUACUUAAUUUGAAUUGCUUUGCUCAGUAUGCCCUUUGCGGUCUAAACCUGGGAUACCGCAGAUCUGAACGGCCUCCUAUUGGUGUUGGGCUGACUAUAUCUGUUGCAAUUGGUGCUGCAGCAUUCGCUGGUCUGUAUAAUAUCAUCAGCCCACUUGGGAAGGAUUAUGAUACAGAACAGGCAGACAUUGAUCAAGAAGCACAAAUUGAAGUCGCCUCAACUGAGAGCGGUAGGGCAGCUUCACGGUUUAAGUCAUUUGAGAGAAGGUACUCUUUCAUUCAGAGUGAUGAACGCCGUUUCGUGGAGAGUAGGCCUGAGUGGGUUGGCGGACUACUGGAUUUCUGGGACCAGAUAUCUCUUGCGUACUUGUCGAUUUUCUGCAGUUGCUGUGUCUUUGGCUGGAACAUGCAGAGGCUCGGAUUUGGCAACAUGUAUGUCCAUAUCGCAACGUUUCUGCUCUUUUGCAUAGCACCAUUCUUUAUCUUCAACCUGGCAGCUGUCAACAUUAACAAUGAAUCCCUUAGAGAGGCACUGGGGCUCACUGGUCUUUUCCUAUGCUUCUUUGGUUUACUGUAUGGUGGCUUUUGGAGAAUACAGAUGAGGAAGAGAUUCAACCUGCCUGGAAAUACCACCUGCUGCCGCAACCCCGACGUGACUGAUUGUUUCCAGUGGUUGUUCUGCUGCUCAUGUUCCCUUGCCCAGGAGGUCAGGACUGCAGAUUACUACGAUAUUACAGAGGAUAGGUCACACAGAGGGCAAGUAACCGAGGACAGCCAGCGCAUAAUGUCCAUGUCCCCGUUGCGACGUGAAGAUGGUUUGCCCUUGUUCAAGUCCAAUCCGAGUUCGCCAUACAGGAGUGGCAAUGCUAGCCCGUCGAUCUUUAUUCUGGAGAGCCCGUCAGCUCCACGCAGGUCAUCUGGUUCCACGCCUCAGGGUGGUUCACCGACGAUGGGCGAUAGGGCGAUGAAGGCGCCAAUCCCAUCCGUUCUUCACAGAGGUGGUGGACCAGAUCAUGACACGGGGACGUCCAAUGAAGCAGCUACCAGUCCGAUGAGAUGAGAUGUAUAUUUUUCUUUUGUCUUGUAAAGAAAUAUAUCGUGUUCCUAAAUUUCCACGGCUUCAAUGUUAUGCUGUUACUGCUUCUUACGAAAUGUAUAGUGCGUCCAGUUAUUCUCAUCUCUCAAGCUACGUUAUGUAUCAGCGUACUACGUGUGCUUUUGAGUUGAACUUGAACGGUGGUCGAGAUCUCUCCUUUCCA